AUGAAUUUCUUUUUAUUUUUUAAGAACAUUUUUCUUUUAAAUACUAUCAUUUUCAUUUUAAACCAGUAUAUAAAAAGGAAAGACAAUGGCUUCCGUUUUUUUAUAUUUUCUUUAAAAAUAAAAAGUUCAAAAGAGGAAUUUACAAAAAAUGUUCAUCCAAAGGCAACGAAUACAAAAGAGGACAAAAGUGCGUAUAAAAAUGAGAAGAAAGAAAUUCCUUAUAGGAAUAAUAAUAAAAGGAAGGAUAAAAAUAAGAAAGGAAAUGAUAAUAAGAAAAUAUUAGAAAAAGGAUUAGAAGAUACUAAUAGUAAUAUAAAAUCUUCAACGAGUAGUAAUAGUAUAAGUAGUGUUAGUAGUAAGUUAAGUGAUAAUAGUAAUAUUAGUAAUACUUUUCCAAAUAUUAAAAUACAAAAAUUAAAAGAUAUACAUAACCAAAGAAAUAGUGAUAUUAAAAAUGUAUCUACAGAUAAGAAAAAUGAAAAAGAUAAUAUUAAAAAAAAUAAUAAAAAAAUACCUAUUAUUUAUAUACCUUUUAAUGAUAUUAAAAAUUCUCCUUAUAUAAGAGGUAAGUUAAAGUUAGUUUAUGUUAAAUCAUUUUAUGAAGAAUGUCAAAAAGAAUUAUAUGAAGCAAAAUUCCAAUUUUUUAAAAAUAAUAAAAUUUAUAUAUCAACAUUUGCAGUAGUUAAAAAUACGCUUAGUGAAAAUAUAGAUCAAACCGAAAAAUGGGUAACUGCUGAUAUGAAAAUCUUACAAAAAAAUUCUUAUAAUAUAUCCAUAACAUGUAAUGAUUCCCAUGAAAAACAAAUACGAGAUAUAUCUUUUACAAAGAAAGAGAAAGAUGAAUUUGAAUUAAUGAGAAAAAGUUUAAAAAAUGUAAUUAAUAUAACUUAUGAUCAUUUUCUUUAUAAUAUAGACACUUUUUAUAAUGCUAAGAGGAAAUAUUUAGAAUAUAUUAAUUUCUUUUUUAGGAAUCCUCAUAUUAAAAGUAAUAUGGAUAUUAAAAAAAACAUUUCAUCAAAUAUUACUAUACAAAAAGAUAAUAUACUACUAAAAAGUUUGGGAUCGAUUAACAAAACGAAAUAUAUAUCAUUUAGAAGGAUGCAGAGAAAUAAUAGAAUUGUGUGUAUAGCUCUAACUGACCCCAAAAGAUUGGAAAAUCGUUUUAUCCUGUACAACAUGUUAAGGGAUCAUAUAAUAGAAAACGAAGGAUUUAAAGACGUUAUCAUAUUUGAAACGGAUGAUAACAAUAUUUAUAAUUAUGAUUCGAAAUUAUCUAAGGAUAUUCGAAUUUUAAGUAAUAAAUUUGAGUUUGAAAUUUUAAUGGAUGAACAUGCUUAUAUAAAUAAACCUUAUGAAUAUUUCUAUUUAAAUAAGUACAUUCCUGUACAUUUUGAAUUACAAAAUAAGGGUAUUAUAAAUUAUGAUAAUAUAUUUUCUUGGUUAUGUGAACAUUUUAUUAAUAAUUCUCAAUACAAAUAUUAUUAUCCUCAUUUUUAUCUUUCUAAACGUUCUGAUAAAAAUGAUAUGGGCAUACGUAAUAUAAGUUUUUACCAGAAAGAAGAUGCUUAUACUUUUAUAGAAAGCAAUAAAAAGAAUAUAAAUAAGAAUUAUAAAAAUACAACAUAUGGUAGAUGUGAAAAAGAUGAUACAUAUAGGACAGAUAAAAAAAGUAAACUAAAAAAUAUUAAUAGAAUAUAUAACACCAAAUAUGCAUUGUCAAAAAAGAAUCCUUCUAAAAAUAGAAACCAUAAGAACAAUGAAAUAAAUAAUAUAUGUUCCCAUAAAAAAGAAGAAAAGCAUGUGUUUAAUAAUUAUAAUAUAAGUUAUAAUAAUAUGAAAUAUAUAAAUAAACACAAUAAUUUUUCAUUUCUAGAAUUAAAAGAAAAAUUGAAAAGUGAUAAUAAUGAAAGGGAAGAUAAAAAAAAGAAAGAUGAAUCAUCUGAAAAAAAUGAAACCCAUCUAAUGAACAAUGAUAAUAAUAAUAUUGGUGAUGAUGCAUUUAAUUCUGAAGUAAAUAAUGAUAAUAUUGGCUCAUAUGAAAGUAAUUUUUUUAAUGAAAUGAUUAACGAAAUAUCUAACAAAAUUGAAAAUUCGGAUUCAUACUUAAAUGAAGAAGAUAUCUAUUGGGAUGAUGAUAUUUUUUUUAAUACUAAUGAAUAUAUUGAUGAUACUAGUGCUACUGCUACUAAUAAUAUUAGAACUGAUCAAAAUGGAGACAAUAAAAAAGAUGAUUCUAACAAAGACAUUAUAAGUAUACAAAAGGUAAAUGAUUCAACUGAGGUAAAUGAACCUAAUAAAAUUGAUGAUACGAAAAAAGGUGAAAAUUCCACUUUAAAUAAUAUUAAGGGAUAUAUAACAAAAUUUAAAGAUUUCAUUAAAAAUACAUCAGAAAGUUAUAUGACCACUAAGAAUAAAAGUAUUGACGAUAAAAUUAGUGAUGAUAAAAGUAGUGAUGAUAAAAGUAGUGAUGACAAAAUUAGUGAUGACAAAAUUAGUGAUGACAAAAUUAGUGAUGACAAAAUUAGUGAUGACAAAAGUAAUGAUAAAAGUAGUGAUGAUAAAAUUAGUGAUGACAAAAGUAGUGAUGACAAAAAUAGUGAUGAUAAAAGCAGUGAUGAUAAAAAUAGUGAUGAUAAAAGUAGUGAUGACAAAAGUAGUGAUGGUAUCAAAUUAAAUGAAGAACAAACUUCGGGAGACCAAAAUAAUGUGUAUGAUAAUAAUAAAUAUAGGGAAGAAACUAUAUCCAGUGAUGAUGCAUUAGAAAAAGGAAAGUUAGAUAAGAGUAACAUGAGUGAUAGUGACAAAAAAUUAAAAGAUGAUAUGAAAAAUAAUGAAGAUGAAAAUUUAUCAGCAGAAAAUGUAUCAUCUGAUGAAAAUACAGUCGAUGAUAAAACAAAAGAAGGUAAUACAACUUUAAAAACUGCUAUGGGAUAUUUUACAAAAUUUAAAGAUUUCAUUCAAAAUAAAUCAGAAAAUUAUAUGACCACUAAGGAUAAAAGUAGUGAUGGCAAAAGUAGUGAUGACAAAAGUAGUGAUGAUAAAAAUAGUGAUGAUAAAAGUAGUGAUGACAAAAGUAGUGAUGAUAAAAGCAGUGAUGAUAAAAAUAGUGAUGAUAAAAGUAGUGAUGACAAAAGUAGUGAUGAUGUCAAAUUAAAUGAAAAACAAACUUCGGGAGAUCAAAAUGAUUUGUAUGAUAAUAAUAAAUAUAAGGAAGAAACUGUAUCCAGUGAUGAUGCAUUAGAAAAAGGAAAGUUAGAUAAGAGUAACUUGAGUGAUAAUGAAGAAAAAUUAGAUGUUAGUCAUGCGAAAAAUAGUGAAGAUGAAAAUUUAUCAGCAGAAAAUAUACCUUCUGAUGAAAAUACAAUCAAUGAUAAAACAAAAGAAGGUAGUACGACUUUAAAAACUGCUAUGAGAUAUUUAACACAAUUAAAAAAUUACCUACAAGAUGAAACAUCUUAUUUGAUGUCCCUUUAUGAUAUUGAUUUAAAAGAAGAACAAACUACGGGGGAUCAAAAUUAUUUACCUGAUGGUAAUAAAGAUAAGGAAGAAACUAUAUCUAGUGAUGAUACAUUAGAAAAAGAAAAUUUAGAUAAGAGUAACAUGAGUGAUAGUGAAGGAAAAUUAGAUGUUAGUCAUGUGAAAAAUAGUGAAGAUGGGAAUUUAUCAUCAGAAAAUGUAUCAUCUGAUGAAAAAAAAAAUUAUGAUAAAUCAAAAGAUGACAUUUUUUUAGAUGAUAAAUUAAAAGGUAACCAUUUUUUAGAUGAUAAAUUAAAAGGUAACCAUUUUUUAGAUGAUAAAUUAAAAGGUAACCAUUUUUUAGAUGAUAAAUUAAAAGGUAACCAUUUUUUAGAUGAUAAAUUAAAAGGUGAAAAUUUUAUAGUUGACAAUUUAUCCUAUAAUAGCAAUUUCUAUUCGCGUAAAAAAUCAAUUUCUACUGAUAACUUAGCAACGGUUAAAAAGGUCUCAUCUGGUGGAUAUAUAACAGAUGAUAAACAAUCAGAAAACGGUUCAAUAUUUACAUCUCUUGAAGAUAGUUCAAUUGAUAAUGAAAUUGGUUCAUUUUAUCAAAGAAGACCAGAGGGAUAUUUUUCAAACAAUAAAAUGUCUGAUAGCGAUGAUGAAUCAUUACCUACACCCCAAACCAAUGAUCUAUUAGCUUUAAUAGGAAAACCGAAACAUGAAGAAAUAUCACCUUCUGGUGAAGUAUUACAAUAUGAUACAGGUUCUACACAUAGUAACAUAUUAGACGUACAAUCAGAACCCAUAAUUAGUGAAAGAGAUAAAAAUUUCCAAGAUCCACCAAUUCAAAAUAAUAUUAAUUCGGAUAGUAAGGAAACACAAUCUGUUGGUGAUGACAUAAAGACAUAUGAUAUCCACGAGAAUAGUACUAAAUCAAAUUUUGUUAUAGAUGAAGAUAAAAAGAAUGGAAAGGAAGAAGAUUUAAAUACAUAUACAUCAUUAAGUUUCUUACCCAAAAAAAUGGUUGUAGGUCAAAUUCUACAAGAAUGGGAAGAUAUGUUUAUAAUAAAUUGGUUAUUAGGUGAUGAUAUUUUUUGUGUAAUUAAAUUAGAGUUUUUUGACGAAUCAAUUAAUAAGAAAAUAAAAAUGGAAUAUCUUAAAGUUUUAAAUGGUUUCACUUUAGUUGAUAAUAAAAAAUUACCUAUAGUACAUACAGGUAAAAAAGAAUUAACUGUCAAGGCUAAUAUUUUUCCAUAUUAUUCAGAUAUACGAUUUUUUUAUCAUAACGAAAACAUUGGUAAUUCUGUUGUUGAUACUUAUAAUAAUCAAAUAUUUGAAAAUGAAUUAAAAUCAUAUUUAUUAUUAGUACAUCAUUUAAUAAAUGCUAGAAAUAGUCCUUGUAGAAAUUAUAAGAAUGUAAAAUAUUUUUAUAAUGAAGAUACUUUUAAUUUAUCUCAUAUAAAUUUUAUUAGUAAUAAAAUGUUGUCUAUUAUGUAUGAAUGUGCUUUACAAGUUUUGAACUGGGAAAUUCCAUAUGGAAUUGUAAAAAAAAAUGAUAAUUUUAUAAGUAAAUUUGUUUUUAAUAAUUUACAACAUAAAAUAAAUAAAGAUAUAUAUCCUUAUGCAAUACAAAUUAAAAAAUUAGAUAUAAAUAAUUCCAUAGAUUUUGCUAUGGAUAAUCGUGAAUUCAUACAAAAUUAUGUUGAUUUAAAAUAUGAUAUAUUCUUAAAAACAAGCUCUAAAUUAUUUACUUUACAUACAUUAGGUCUAGUACACUCAAAUAUUAGAGCAGACAAUUUUUUAAUUGAAUAUUUAAAUAAAGAAAAUAAUGAAUUAUAUAUAUAUUUAAAAAAUUUUAAUAAUAUAGUUGAAGAAGGAAAAUAUAAUAAUUUUAAAGGAAGUCCCGUGUAUAUGGCACCUGAAAAAUUAAAAACCUACUUCUACCAUAUCGUAAAUAAAUUUAAAAGUGAUGUUUUUUCAUUAGGUCUAAGUUUAUCAACAGUUUUAAUUAAAAAUGGUUUCUUUUUAAAAAGUGCUGCAAAAAGAAAAAUAUCAUUAUCAUUAGAUAAAUAUGCAUUAAAUAUAAUAAAAAGAAAUCCAAUGGUUUAUCUAUGGAUUAAAUCAUCAAAUCCAUUUAAGAAAAAGAGAUUUGAUAGGUCUAAACAUAGAUCAUAUAAAAAGGUAUCUGUACACAUUAUGGAGAAAUUAUUAUCUAAUAAAUAUGUAUAUAAAUGGAUUCAUAAUAGAUCCCCUUCUUUUGAUUAUGCUCAAGCUGAAAAACAUAUGCAUCUUUUAGAAAAGCAAGUUCCUCAACAAUCCAUUACAAAGGAAAGUAAUAUUAAAAUUAAUAAAAUAGAACAUAAUAAAAAUGUAUACAAUCAAAAUAUUCAAAAUAAAACUACGUAUGACAAAAAUAUGCAGCAAAAAAAUGAAAAACAUAAUAUUACCAUGAAUAAGAAGCGUGAAAGGGUGAAUUUCGUGGACGCGUGUACUAUACAUUCUGAGGAUAAACAAAAAAAUCAAGACACCUUUAAUUUGCCAUCAAGAAAAAAACACGUAUAUUUACUAGAUAAAGAAAAAAAGGAUUAUGACUCUACAUUAGGUAUGAAUAUUGAAGUAUCCUUUUCUCAAUUAUCCACAAUUUCGGAUCAUAAUACAAAACAGAAUAAUGUUAUUAAUAAAAAUGAUAUAAAAAAGAAUUCAGGUGAUAUAAAAGAGAAUUCAGGUGAUAUAAAAGAGAAUUCAGGUGAUAUAAAAAAGAAUUCAAGUGACAAAAAAAAGAAUUCAGGUGACACAAAAAAGAAUUCAAAUGAUAUAAAAAAGAAUUCAAGUGACGAAAAAAAGAAUUCAGGUGACACAAAAAAGAAUUCAAGUGACAAAAAAAAGAAUUCAGGUGACGAAAAAAAGAAUUCAGGUGACACAAAAAAGAAUUCAAAUGAUAUAAAAAAGAAUUCAGGUGACACAAAAAAGAAUUCAAAUGAUACAAACAAUAAUAUAAAAAAUGGUGACAACAAUAUAAAAAAUGGUGAUAAUAAUAUAAAUAAUGGUGAUGAUAAUAUAAAUAAUGGUGGUGAUAAUAUAAAUAAUGGUGAUAAUAAUAUAAAAAAUGGUGACAACAAUAUAAAAAAUGGUGACAACAAUAUAAAAAAUGGUGAUAAUAAUAUAAAUAAUGGUGAUAAUAAUAUAAAUAAUGGUGAUAAUAAUAUAAAUAAUGGUGAUAAUAAUAAUAAUAUAGAAAAAACAGAACCAAUAAAAAGAAAAGGAAUAUUAAAAAAAAAUCCCACCGAUAGUAACCAUGAGAAUGAUUUAAAGGAUUUAAUAAAUCGUAUAAAAAUGAAAUUUUUUAACGAGUCCUGGAAAAAUAUAAAAAAUUCAAUUGUUGGAACAAUAAUGAAAAUAUUUUCAAUUGAAUAUGAAAAAUAUAGACCUGAUAUAUUUGAUAUAUAUUCACUUAUUAAAAAAGAUAUAACAUAUAUUAAAGAUAAAGAUGAUAAUGUGAAAAAUCUUUUAACUAUAUUACAAAAAAUUACAGAACCUGAUAUGGUAUCUAUAUUAAAACAAAAAAUAAAUGGAAGUGAUUAUAUUAUGUAUAAAAUGGUUAUAUUAAAAGCUUUAUUAUUUUAUGGUUAUUUUACUCUCUAUGAAAGGUUAUCAUAUGAAUUUAAAAUAUACGAACAUCAAAUUUUUCCAUUAAGAGAAAAUAAUGAAGAUACGUUUGGAACGAUUAUAGAGAGAUGUAUGGAUAGAUUUAAUUUUAAUGAAUGGAGUAAUUUAUUAAUAGUUCAACAUAUUUAUAAUAAUUAUAUGAGCAAAAAAAAAUAUACUAAUUUGUAUAUAAAUUUCCAUAUUUUAAAUAUUAAACCUAAUGAUGAGAAAAAAAAAGAAAUGGAGGAAUUGUAUGAUAAACAUAUGACAGAAGUUUUUAAAGAUAUUGAUUAUAAUGACAAUGUUAAUAAUUUUUUAUUAUAUAUGAAAAAGGAAUCAGAAGAUAUAUCGAAUACAUUAAAAGAGAAAAAAAAUAUGAAAACCGGAUUGGACAAUUUUCAUAUUAAUUAUGAUGAUAUUUAUGAUAAAAAUGAUGAAAAUAAUUUAUCAUUAAUUCGUAAAACAAUAUUAAAAUUAGACAAUUCUGUAAUUAGAGAUAUGAAUAUGAAUUUGGCUAUCCUACUAAAUGAUAUGUUUUGGAAACAUAAAAAUAUAUGUAAAGGAGUUAAUUAUAAUCAUAUGGAAGUAAAAUAUGCAGAUAAUACUAUAAAAGAAUUUAACAUACAAAACCCUAUAAUAGAUUUACAUAAACCUAUAGGAAGUAUAGUAAAAAAUUUAAUAAAAAACGAUGAUAUAAUGAUUUCAAAGGGUCGUACAAAUAUUAAUACAUUAGAUUAUAUAAUACCUAUUAAUGUACAUUUAGAUGUUAUUCUUCAAAAUAGUCUACAUUUUGUAUAUACUAGUACUUUAAUAAAAUGCGCAGAAAAAAUGGAUAAGAAAGGUAUUAUAUAUCAUCGAGAUAUUACAUAUAAUAGAAAAAAAGAAACUAUUAAAAUAAAAAUAGGUUUAAGUUCCAAUAGUUAUUUUUAUUUAAAUUUUGAUAUAUCAUAUUUAAGAUAUCAUGAAAUUACAUUAAAAGAUAUAAUAUAUUUUAUAUAUAGGAAUUAUAAAUCUGAACUUAAUAAAAGUGUUCGUUCAAAUAUUGAACAUAUAAGUUUUUUAUUUUUUGAUUGUUUAUUAGUUAAUGAAUAUAAUACAUUCUUUUAUAAUAAUUCAACAAAGAAGCUAAUUAAAGAAACAUCAUUUAAUAAACUUAUAUCUCUAUUAUAUAAUAUAAAUUUAAAUGAUCCAGAAUAUAUUAUUAAAUCUACAAUUAAUUAUUAUAACCAUCGAAAAUCAAAUAUGCCUUUACUAAGCCUAGUAACUAUAUCUCAUAUUGUUCAUGAAAAAUGGAAUGAAAUAAAGAAACAAACAGAUUAUAUAUUACAACCAACUAUUAAUAAUUAUUCCGAUGAAUAUAAUGAACAGUUAAUUGAUCCAAGUAAAUUAAAAUUUAAAAACCCUUCAUUAAAUAUAAAAGAAAAUAUUAAUAGUAUAAUAAUGAGAAAUAAAUAUGAAGGAUAUCAAUAUAGACUAGUUAAAUGCUUUGACUUUUUACAUAAAAAAAAUAUUAGUUAUUAUAAAGAUCAACAUACAACAAACUUGUUUGAUCAAAUAAUCAUACCAGCAAUUUUUGUAUAUUUGAGAAAUGAUAUCAUUUCAAAAAUUAAUAUAAAACUAGCUUCAGAAGAUAUAAAAAUAAAAUUUAAUAUUAUAACAGAUAUAAUGAAUUUACAAUUAUAUGAAAAUCAAAUUGUUACUCUAACUGACUUUAUGUAUCUAAUAUUUAGAUGGUUAGAAACAUAUAUACCAUUUAAUGAUAGAAAUCAUUGUACAUUUUUAACUGAUCGAAGUCAAAUAUUCCAGUAUGAUCUGGUAUUAAGAAUAGGAACAGGAAAAGAUAAAAUAAAUGUUUUAUAUAAAAAUAAUGAAGGAGUGAUCAAAUUUAUAUUUCAAAACAUUUUAAAAAAUCAUCAAGUAAAUCAAUAUACAUCAGAAUUUUUAAUGUCAGCAAUUAAACUAAACAGAUUGAAAUUAUUUUUUGUAUUAAAGGAUGAAUUAAAGUAUAUAUUUCCCGAUAUACCUGAAGGGUUAUAUUUUAAUUUAAAGGAAAGUAAUUAUAAAAUUAUCAACUGCCUAAAAUAUUUAGACGGAAAAAAUGUCAAACUACUAGAGAAUAACAUUUAUGACGAUUCAUAUGUUCCUAUGAAAAUAAAAUUCAUGGACGUUACUGUUAUAUAUAGAAUAAAAAAAGAUAAUUUUAAAAAUAUCAUAUAUAAUUUUAGUAAUUAUGAAGUUCCAAAACAUUAUGGUAAACAAUUAUUUACACCUCUUAUAUCCCCUAUAAAUGAUAUUGAAAAUAAAUUUAGAUAUUUAUUUUUAAGAGAUUUAAGUUAUUAUAUAGAUAUUCCAAGAGAUAUAAAAAGAGAUAAAGAUGAUUUUAUGGUGUCUAUGGAUUCAAAUGUGUAUAAUGCCUUAAUUGAAAAACAUAAUAUUUAUAUGAAUAAUUAUUCUUCUAUUAUUGAAAAGAUGAUUACUUAUAUGAACGUAACAUAUACAGAACCCGUGUUUAUAGUCGAUGUUGUAAAACAUACUGUUUUGGUCCCAAAGAUACUGUUAAUUCUUAGACAGAUGAAAUAUAACAUAACAAGUUAA